UGUGUACCUAUUUCUGGCUAUGGAUUUGCUCGAGGCGGCUACGAAUGCGUCUGUAAGCCAGGAUACCGUUUGCCUUAUGAGCAGUCCGGCCCCUUCCGUGGUUACGACAUAGAGCAGGCGACUGAGCAGGAAUAUGCCUCCGGAUUCGAUUGUCUCAAGGUGAGUUGGCGCGAGGUGUUGCCUCAGGAGACGGGUCUAAAAGAGAACCUGGAACGCCGGCGGCGUAGUGUUCGGGGCACUGAAGUUGGAGUAGAGGAGUUUGAAAGGAAAGAGAGUAAGUGA